GAAUUCUCGAUCCGCACACGCAAUUACAGAACUGCGCGGUGUCUUCAUCAGUAACAAUUUUCGGGCUUACGAGUAGGUUUUAAAGUUUCCACGAAUUUCGAGGAUGCUCGCGCGAGCCACGUGGAUUCUCCGAUGGCUUCUCCUAAUUCAGGUGAUAAAAAUACACUGCACUACCGAGGUCGGCAAAACAGAACUCACCGAAGAAAAUGAAGUUGCCUACGCGCCACUUGGAAGGCUCUAUCGGGCGCGUUACAGGAACUUGAUCCAGAUACCGACAUCCGACCUGGACAAAACCUAUGGCGGUGAUCUAAAAUUAGAUCUGCAAGUGAAGGAAAGUCAUGGUGGUGGCCUAGUAACAGUUUCCCAGGCGCAAAAGAGUCGUGACGGUGACUUAGUAACGGAAAAGAAAUCGGGAGGAAGUUGCGAUGGUGAGAAUAAUGAUGGUGGCAUAUCAAUGGGAUUUCAAGCUGAAAAUAAUGAAAUCGGGGGUCUAUCUUCGAAAAUUCAGACGGGAGAAGGCGGAACUAUGGAUCUAACUUCGGAAACUCAAUCGCAGAAGCUUGAGACGAGGAUCUUGAAGACUUUAGGAAGCGGUAUAGGCUUCGGAAUCACCACGGUUAAUAGCCUGGAUCACUUGGGAUCCGCCGCCUUCAACAGGGCGACUGCUGCUGUAAAAAGCUUAACAUCAAGUGUCUCACGUUACCCAUCAUCACCACGACGCAGAUACUCAAGGAGGAGAUCGAGGUCUUUUGGUGUUCUUGGACGCCUUUCAUAUUCACCCAGCCAAAGGCGUCUCUUUUGAAACGGCUCAACGAACGUGGCAUGGCCCUUUUAAAAAAAUCGAUAAGAAAUAGGGAGCAAUCCA